AUGCCAAAAUAUUCCAAAUUUAUGAGAGACUUCCUCACUUACAAAAGAAAGAUUGAAACCAUCCAACAAGUCACCCUUAGUAAAGAAUUCUCGACGACACUCCUCAACAAGCUCCCCCAAAAGAAGAUUGAUCCCAUAAGCUUCACCAUUCCUUGCUCUAUUGGUGGAUCGCCAAUAAGCAAUGCACUAGCCGACUUGGGGGCUAGCAGUAAUUUAAUGCCGGCCUCUAUGUUCAACCGAAUAGGAUUGGGAAAACCACAUCCUAUGAAAAUGAGCAUCCAACUUGCGGACUGGUCGGUAAAAUACACUCAAGGUGUCAUAGAAAACUUAUUGAUAAAGGUAGGAGAAUUUGUUUUUCCUGCCGACUUUGUUAUUCUAGAAAUGGAAGAAGACACCGAAAUUCCGCUCAUACUAGAACGACCUUUCCUUCCCACCGCACGAGUUAUGGUAGAUAUGAGCGAAGCACAACUGACAUUGAGGGUUGGUGAAAAAGAGAUCAAGUUUGAAGUUGGGCAACGAGCAGAGGAUGAUCUGGUCAAAUACCUCAACGUGAUUGACUCAAGCUUAAACGAUGCACUGCAACGCUACAACUCGGGGUAUGAGUCAUCCCGCGCGGAUAACAUUUGA